CCGGGAGCACGUCUCAAAACGUCUGUUAACAAUCAGUGAAACUGAUACACUAAAUUUCGCUCAAAUAUCCGCUCUGUACAUCGCUGGCUGCGCGCACGUCCUCAUCGCACCUGUGUCCGAAACAGAUCAGCUCGUCUAAGAAGCCCUGCCACGGUUGUCGGACGCCGACAGCACACAUUCCUGACGAGGAAGUGGUUUGGACGAUGAUACGGCCUGGUGCUGUCGAGCAUACCGGGAGCUCGUGCAGGCCUGCCCGGUCGGAGCAUCCCAGCUGCAGCUGCAGGGUUGCUGACUCUCAUGCACUCCCUGCGCCGCACAGACACAGCCGCAGGCAGGCCCGCUGGCAGGGCGUCACCUUGGGAUUUGCAAUUCUUCUAGCAGCUUCCAUGCCCCAGAGCUGGGCAGCCGGGCAGGAUGGGCAGGGACACAGCAAGGUGCACCGACGACCGCGCAAGGAUCAAAGCAUGGGCCGCUCACUCGCCGACCACUCCAGCAGCCUGCCUCCAGGAUUCUACAAGCGCUCAGUCGACGUCGGGGUGUUUCAGACAUCCCUGGCGGGUGUGUUGGAGUUGGAAGAUGGGAGGGAGGAGCCGGCAGUGCUGUACUUGUACCUGAAGGGCAUGAAGCACGCGGAUGUGACCACCUUCCGGGGCUUCAUGUUCCAGGAGAGUGCUGACCGUGAGUGGUACAAUUGGGGCGGCACCGGCCUCUGCAUGCCCCAGAUCGCCUGGGAGUGGCUGCCACGAGUCUUCUUCAGGUCAGUGGCAGAGCAGGAAAAGGAAUGGGACUUCACAGUGUUCAAGGACAUCAUGUUCAACGAGACAUCAGAGCCGGAGAUGGGGACUCAAGAGGAGCGAAUGCGCAUCUGUGUGCCAUUCCCCUUCGAGAUGAACGUCUCCAAUAACGAGGCUGCCGGUGACUUUGAGGUCCACGUGGAGGGCUGGAAGAACUUUGUCUACUACUCCCCAGGCAGCGUGAACCAGCCGGUCCCCCCCACGCCUGUGGCCACCGGACCGGGGGGCACGCGGGAGGUGGUGGCGCUCUUAGUGCCCUUCCUGCGGCCGACCCCCACACACAUCGCCAACAACCUGCUCUACUUCUACAUCAAGUACCACCUUGAGCUGGGCUUCUCCAAGUUCGUACAGUACACCCAGAGCGUGUACCUGGCCGGUUUCUGGGAGGACGCGCGGCUGCGGCGCUACUGGGAGGCCGGAGUUUUGGAGUACGUGCUCUGGGACAGCACAGCCGAGUGCGUGGGGCAUCUCAAGUGCAUGCAGCCCUUAAUGUAUAGCCAUGCCAUUCUGUCCUACUGGGGGCAGCCGGUCUACCUGAGCCUUGCAGACCACGAUGAAUACCUGAGUCUCAACCACCCCGACAGGUAUGCCAGCGUGAACAUUCCCCGCUACAAUGUGGUGUGCGGGCCGGGCCAGUGUGAGUAUCAGGAGGCGGCAGCAGGCACCGCGCAGAACUGGGAGCUGCAGAGGCAGCCCAACCAGCAGCUUGUCGAGCUGGAGCUGUGGAGGGACGCCACUGACUGGAAGCACCCGAUGGAGCAUUACACGUACCGCGCGCGCGAAGGCUUCACCGGCGACCGCGGCAAGUGCAUGGUCGACCCCAACCACAUGGGCGGAUUCAAUGUGCAUUAUGGAAUGGUGCUGCCCAGCGGCAAGAGGCAGGAUCCCCCUCGGGGGUAUCUCCCGUGGGGGGGACCCAUAGACGAGGAGUGCGCUGUCUGGCUGCACUUAGUCAACCUGUUUACGGGCCGAGACAAUCGCACGACUCAUGAGGUGCAGGACAGAUGGCACUGGGUUUUUGACCGGGUCAGCGGCCACCGCAUGCAGACUGGCGGGAACUGA